UAUGUGUGUUGAAGCUGUCAAUUAUUUAUUCCCACCUUCCAUACACUUCUUAUUAACAUAAAGCAAAACCAAGAAGAGCUUAUAGUCAACAACUUUCCUUCAAGUAAAAGCUAUUAUUUUGUCCAUUUUGCAAUUUACCCCUAAUACAUAAACAAACACACACAUAUAUAUAUAUAUAUAUGUAUGUGUGUGUGUGUGUGUACACAGAGAGAGAGAGAGAGAAGGAAAGAGUGUGGAGAGGGAGAACCAGAGAGAGAUGAAGAAGGUGCCUCCAAGCUACACACUGUUGUUGAUUCUCAGCUUCUUAUUUCCAUAUGUUUAUUCACAAUCACAAGAUUCCUGCUCUUCUCCCCUCCCUUUGGAAAACGCACUUCCCUUUGACACAACUUCUCUCCAAUGUGUCACAGUAUGGAGUUCUCAAGGCUUCAUCCUCAGAUAUGUGCAGGCUGCAGCAAAUGUAUGGAAUUUUGUGGUGUCAGCACCCAGCACAAAUGCAUAUGUUGGCAUAGGAUUCUCACCCAAUGGCGACAUGGUUGGCUCAACUGCCAUAGUUGGUUGGGUAGAAUCUGGUGGCACCCCCAACAUGAAGGAGUACUUCUUGGGAGGCCAACAACCUAGCCUUGUUAGGUUGAUCCAACAACAACCCAAUCAAGGCUUGCCAAUUGGCAAUGUCUCCAUCACACUCAUCCAAUCGGGCCGAAUCUACAUCGCUUUCCAGCUCCUCACGGCCCAGCCCGGCUCCCGCCUCAUCUAUGCCGUUGGCCCGGCCGGCCGCCUGCCUCAGGCCCCCGACUUCCGCUUGACCGAACAUCAGGAGAGGAUCGCCACCACCUUGAAUUACGCAUCAGGUGAAUUUAAAACGGAGAAACGGCCCGAGUCGAGUCUCCGGAGGAGCCAUGGGCUUUUGAACAUGUUGGGCUGGGCCAUCAUGAUGCCCAUCGGGGCGAUGGUGGCCCGCUACAUGAGGAAAUGGGACCCACUUUGGUUUUACUUGCAUGCCGUUAUUCAAUCAACCGCCUUCUUGUUGGGCCUAAUUGGUGUAAUCUGUGGUUUUGUUUUGGAUGAUCGUCUCAGCGCCAACGUUUCCAAACACAAAGCUCUUGGAAUUUUUAUUCUCACUUUUGGUUGCCUUCAGGUUUUGGCGCUCCUAAUCCGACCGGAAAAGGCGUCAAAAAUUCGGAAAUAUUGGAAUUGGUAUCAUUUUAGCGUGGGAAGGGUUUUGGUGUUCUUGGCUGCGGUUAAUGUGUUUUAUGGCAUCCAUUUGGGCAAACCCGGUUCCUCGUGGAACGCCGGUUUUGCAGCGGUUCUUGUCAUUUUAUUCAUCAUCACUCUAAUUAUGGAGAUUAGGAUAUGGUUUAGAAAAUGAUUUUGUGUUUCUUCUUUUAUUAUUAAUAUUGUUACCCCUUUGUAAGUUAUUUGUUUAUGAGUGCAGAGUUUUUAUUAUGAUUGAGGAUUGGGGCAUGUGUUUCACAUAUUUGCUACUUAGAAAACUUCCCCUUUUCAUUUGUUGUGUUUGCUUUUGUAUAUGUUAGAAGGGAGGGAACAAAAUAGGAUUUUGUAAAAUGUUUUAUUUGAUGAUUUAAGUCUCAAGAUUAACUUCA